UGGGGAGAAGAGGCUGGACCGCUGGGAGAGCAGCAAGGAGGACAAAGGAAGGUUGGCAUGUUUUCCUGAAGCCGCCUUUCCAGCCCACGAAGCGCCCCUCCUCCUUCUCUUGUAGUGUUUCCGACUCCCACUUUGCAGACGGUUGGGGGAAGGAAAUGAUCUUGAAAAGUAGGAAGGGAUAGGGUUGGUGGGGGUGGGGCGGGAAAUAGGAGACAGUCUUCCACCUGGGAUCAGCGGGGGUGUACUAGGGGAAUCUAAUUGCAGUUGCGCAGAAACAUCCACCACACUACAUCUCCCAGAACCCACUGCGUUGUCUUUCCUUGGGAUGAGCCUCCGCUACUCAAAUCUUUUCGUCGGCAGUGGUUGGAGUUGUGCGCAGGCGCACCUCCGGCCCGGUUCCUGUUUCUACCGCUCCUAUGCUGGCUCAGCGUCAUGCUGGCGGCAGGCUCUGGCUUUCCCUAAGAAGAGAGAGUUGAGGUUAAGGAGAAAAUGACUUCUGGGUUCCUCAGAGCUGGGUUUUUGAAAUCCCUGACGUUCCAGGAUGUGGCUGUGGACUUCACCCAGGAGGAAUGGAGGUUGUUGGAUCCAGCUCAGAAGGACAUGUACAGGGAUGUGAUGCUGGAGAACUAUGAGAACUUUGUUUCCCUGGGACUUCCAGAUUCCAAAGCAGAUGUGAUCUCCCAGUUGGAAAGAAGAGAAAGACCAGGGUUACCAGAGGGAGAAGUCCCAAGAAGCCCUUCCUUAGAUUUUCUUCAUGAACAUAAUACAUUUGGAAGGAAGUGCAGCUCGAGUUCAAUCCUUAUUCCACAGCAGAGAGUUUCUGUUGGAAAAGAUCUCCAUAAUUAUGAUACACUUGGAAAAAGUUUCAAGAAAUUUUCAGAUCUAAUUAAACAUAAUAAAAAAAUUUCCUUACGGGAGAAACUUUGGAAGUGUAAUAAAUCCAAGAAGACUCAUUUUGACAGAAUAUACACUCAGGAAAAAUACCCUAAACAUGAAAAAUUUAGCAAACCCUUCAGGAGCAAUUCAUGCUUUACUGUACCUCAAAGAAUUAAUGAGAAAGAGAAACCAUAUGAGUGUAAUGAAUGUGGAAAAGCCUUCAGCAAUAAUCAAAAUCUAUCUCGACAUCAAAGAAUUCAUACAGGAGAAAAACCAUUUGAAUGUAGUGAAUGUAGAAAAACUUUCAGUAGUAACCAAUGCCUAAUUGAACAUCAAACUAUUCAUACUGGAGAGAAACCCUAUAAAUGUAAUGAAUGCGAGAAAGCUUUUAGCUGUAAGGGGAACCUUUAUGUACAUAAAAGAAUUCACAGUGGGGAGAAACCAUACAUCUGUAGUGAAUGUGGGAAAGCAUUCAAUCAGCAGGGUCACCUUAAAAUACAUAAGGUAAUUCAUACUGGAAAAAAGCCCUUUGAAUGUAAUGUAUGUAGAAAGGCUUUCAGCAAUAAACAAUACCUAGGCCAACAUCGAAAAAUUCAUACUGGAGAGACCCCCUAUAAAUGUAACGAAUGUGGGAAAACCUUCUGCCACAAUUCACAUCUUACUAGACAUAAGAUAAUUCAUACUCGAGAAAAGCCAUUUGAAUGUAAUGAAUGUGGAAAAGGCUUCAGACAGAGCUCAUCCCUUAUGCAGCAUCAACGAAUUCAUACUGGAGAGAAACCUUACAUAUGUAAUGAAUGUGGGAAAGCCUUCAGGCAGAAGGGACAUCUUGAGACGCAUAAUGUGAUUCAUACAGGUGAGAAACCCUUUGAAUGUCAUGAAUGUGGAAAAGCCUUCAGCAGUAAUAAUUAUCUGUUUCAACAUCAAAGAAUUCAUACUGGAGAGAAGCCCUAUAAAUGUAAUGAAUGUGGGAAAGCCUUCUGUACUAAUUCACGUCUUAAAGCACAUAAGGUAAUUCAUCCUGGAGAGAGACCCUUUGAAUGUGAUGAAUGUGGGAAAGGCUUUAGAUUCAGCUCAGCUCUCAUACAACAUAAGAGAAGUCAUACCGGAGAGAAACCUUUUAAAUGUAAUGAAUGUGGGAAAGGCUUCAAGCAGAGUGCAUACCUUAUGCAACAUGAAAGAAUUCAUACUGGAGAGAAGCCCUAUGAAUGUAAUGAAUGUGGGAAAGCAUUUAGCAGGAAGGGAAAUCUUAAUACACAUAAGAGAAUUCAUACUGGAGUGAAACCAUAUUCAUGUAAUGAAUGUGGGAAAGCCUUCAGGCAUAAGGGGAACCUUAAUACACAUAAAAAAAUGUAUACUGAAGAGAAAAACUUUGAAUGUAAUGAAGGUAGAAAAGACAGUUAGAGGUCAAACUUGACUGCAUGUAAAAAAGUUCAAAGUAUGUAGAAAUCCUUUACAUAUAAAGAAGUUGAAAAAAACCAUCUUGUGAAACUCAACCUUUAAGAAAAAUGAAAUCCAUACUGAGCAGAAUCUUCAAGAUUAAUAAAUGUGGGAAAGCCUUCAGCUGGAAGGGAAACUUAAAGCACAUUAGAAAACAUUCUUGAGAAAAAACUUUAUUCUAAGGAUAUGGAAAAGUUUUCAUGUGGUGUGGAAAUCUUAGGUAACACAAUGCCAUCCAGGAAAAAAAAUACUUUUAAUAAAAGAAAUAUGUAAGAAGCUUCAUGAGAAGGCAAAACUCACUACAUAGCAUAGCUUUCAUACUGAUUGCAUUUUGACAAUUAUGGGCAAACUUUCAAACAGUAGAAACCUUAAGGACUAUAAAGUUUUCAUAUUGAAGAGAAACCCUUUGAAUAUAAUGAAUAUGGAAAAGACUUUAGGAUGAGGCAAACCUUUACUAACAAUAAAAAUAUCCUCAAAUGUAAAGAAUUAAAAAAUGUGUCUAGAAAUGUCUUCAGCAAGAAGAGAAAGGAAUCACAGAAUAUCAUAUGAUAAUUUAUACUGGCCAGAAUUUCCAUAAAUGUAAUGAAAUAGUAAAUAAAUGUAUUUCAAACUCA